AUGUACCUUAUCGGACAGAUUGAGCUUGGUCGCAUCCCAGGCUAUGAAAAUGACAGUCAAGCAAGGGAAGAUGACGACAGCGAGCCUACCGGCGUGGAAGAGAGUGUGGAGGCAACAUUUCGGUGGAGUGCUAAAAGCUUCAAGCCCCAUCACUACUUUGACUACAUCGUGGGAACUAGUACUGGAGGAUUGAGCGCUAUCAUGCUAGGCAGACUGGAGAAAGACGUAGAUUUCGCACUUGCACAGUACGACACCAUCGGCGAGAUCGUCUUCGCACACCCGCGUCCGUCAGGCAGUAUCUCCACCCGACUCAAGGUGAACAGACUUGUUGGCCUCAUCAGGACCAAGUACAGCGAGACAAGGAAGAAAGAAGCGAUCCUCAGUGUCAUCCGAAACACGAUCCCACGAGACAAACAGUCCCAGAUGCAUGAAGAAAGGUUGACUUUGAAGCAUGACGAGCAGCGAUGCAAGACAUUUGUUGUCUCAUACGGAUCGCCGGAAGUGGCAUUGAAGCUAGCCACCUUGUUUCGAAGCUACGAACUACCUCGAGAGCGCGGAAAAGACAACACAGAUGGUCCCGGGGAUGUGCCUUUGUGGGCUGCUGCUCGAGCUACGUCUGCUGCACCAUUCUACUUCGAACCCCUGAAGCUGUACGGUGCCGAGUACAUUGACGGCGGGAUAGUGGCCAAUAAUCCGGCUCUCUUGGCAUAUGAGGAAAUGAGACGAGCACAUGCGAUGAAACCUCUGCAGAUUGUGUCAAUCGGAACAGGUGAAUCUCGUCCGGCUGCAGAUUAUAAGAAGCCCGCACAACUCGGCAAAUGGAACAUCUUCAAGGUCCUAGCAGAUGUGGCAACGCAGUCAGAAGACACACACUCAAAACUGGAAUUUCGACUCAAGGGCGUUGCUCCGAAAGUGCACUAUCUCAGACUCAAUGUCGAGAAUCCAGAACUCGCCAAAGUGCAACUCGAUUCCUGGGAGCCGAGAAGCGCAAAGAACGGGCGAGGAGGUCACAAAACCAAAGAUAACAUCACAAAUCUCACAAAAGAAUACCUCAAGUCCCCAAAGGUAAACUCCGAUCUCCUGGACUGCGCAAAGCGUCUCGUAGCCGUCCGCCGUAAACGGGCUGAAUCACCAGAGUGGGAGCUUUACGCGUGUCGCAUCGCCUACUUUUGCAAGCACCCGGAUUGCAUCAAUAGCAAGCAUCCUACACACCACGAGACCAGACACUUGCUUCGAGAACACGUCAAAAAGAUUCAUGGCUUUAUCGUCGAUGAUGGGUCGUCGGAUCCAGUCCAAUGCUCAGUAGGCCCAUGCUGUCAUACAGCCAGACGACCUUUGUUCCGCCGCAGCGAGAGUUUGGAGGAUUUUCGUGAUCACUUGAACCGCAUCCACGGCAUUAGUCGUGCGAGUCUCAAGGACCCGGAGGAAUUUGAGAACUGGUUGAGUUCGUGCAGAGAGCUAAAAUGA